UUUUUUUCUAGACACAGCCGACGAUGUAAACAAGAAAAGACAGUCGAGGGCAACAGGGAUCAAACAGGCCGGCGUCACCUCAAAUGCUAGCCUUUAAAUACGUAUAGACGUUUGUCAUGGGGCUCCCCGUUACUAUUAAAGUGAAUUUCCGGGGGAAUGUGAAGAGGUUUCUGGCUCAGGAUUUGGACAAAUUGGAGUGGGACUCGGUGGAAGCCUGGAUCAAAGCAUCAUUUGGGAUCAAUCACUUUCAAGUCAAAUACUUUGAUGAAGACAAUGAAGAGAUCUGCAUUAACAGUCAAGAUGAGUAUGAGGAAGCCAUCAAGAGUGCGGAGAAGCAGGGCAACCAGCUGCACAUGAACGUGUACAAGAUGAAAGGGCAGGCCUGCGGAGGCCCGCUGAAGACAGAGGUGAAGGAGCUGAAAGGAGACCUGCGACCGGCCCCCCCGUACCCGUCCAGGGUCAAAACGGUGGACAAAGGCACUCAGGUCACUCCAGAGCGAGAAGCCGCAGCAGUAAAAGACAACAAGGGGAGCAAACCCGAAGACGAGCCCCCCCCUGUGUGGUUUAGGUCCUACAUGGAGAAGUUUAAAGAUGAAGUUGUAAAGGAGGUGGUGGAGAGGAUGUGCAGCGACUUCUCCGGUCAGUGCUGUACCCACAAAUCCACCGACGGGCUUCUGGAGGCCGGUGGGGCCGAUGAGGCCGGCGGCGGCCCCGUGGGACCCACGCCCGGCCCGUCCACCUCCCACGGAUCGCUUGGCUACACCCCGAACUGCAGCAGCUGCAACAAACUCACCUCCGAGGGAGCCUACAAAUGCAGCGUGUGCCCCUCCUGCAUCCUGUGCGAGAUGUGCAGACACAGCCACGACCCCAGCCACAGCCUCGUGAGAACCAAGACGCCUCUCUCCAUCCCCGAGCACGGCAUGUCCGGAGAGCUGAGGUUCCCAAGGCGAGGAGACAGGACAGUGCGCAAGGCCGAGCGACAGCGCCUCAAAGCUGAAAGAAGGCAGCUAAGAGCCGAAGUCAAGGAAAUCAAGAAGAAACUGAGACUGGAGAAGAGAGGGCUGCAGUGGAGCGGGCCCUCUACCUCAGGCCGAGUCAGCCUGGCUAACAUGGCCUCGGCCUCCACCCAGGUCCCAGCCCUGCCCCCUCCCGCUGCUCCAGAAACAGCCUCAGGUCCAGCCACAGUCCAAGGUCCAAUCCCAGCCCCGGCCCCUGAUCCCCAGGCCUCCAGUCCAGAGGGUCCUGGGGUCUCGCAUACGUCCUUGGUCCCCACUAUGGCUGCCUUGUUUCUGGAUGAAAAUCUGCCUGACGGCACCCGUCUGGAGCCUGGUACCAAGUUCAUCAAAUACUGGAAGAUGAGGAACUCGGGCACUAUCAGCUGGACCUCAGAGACUAAGCUAGUGUUCAUGUGGGGAAACCUCGGCUUGGCGGCAGAGGAGCGGAGGGAGGUGCCGGUGCCCCUGCUGCUGCCCGGACAAGUGGGAGUGGUCAGUGUGGCCUUUGUUGCUCCCGUGAUGGAGGGGACCUACACCUCCCACUGGCGGCUGGCCCACUGCGGGUGCCAGUUUGGCCCCCGCGUCUGGUGCAGCAUCGUGGUGGACCCCGGCAGCAGCCGCAGCAGCAAGGAGGAGGUGAAGCCAGCGGAGAACGAGGUAAAACCCAGGGAACAUGGUUUUGCCUUCACUGUAGACCUCCCCCAAGAAGACUACUACUUUCCAUCAGUGGACCUGCUGACCGCACAGGACCUGCUGUCAUUUGAGUUGCUGGAUAUAAAUAUUGUGCAAGAGCUGGAAAAGGUCCCUAACAACACUCCUGUGGAUUUGACGCCCUGCAUUUCCCCCCUUCCUCACGACGCCCCGGUGUUGGAGAAGAUGAAAGACGAGGCCGACUCCUCCGGAGUCAGAAAGCUCUUUGGAGUGAAGCUGAGGCAGCAGCGGGAGGCGCUGGAGUCUGUGGCGCCGGAGGAGGAGCGUGAGGAGGAGAUCAGCGGGGCCCAGUUCCUGUGCGAGACGGUCAUCCGCUCCCUGACGCUGGAGGAGGCCCCGGAGCCCCGCCCGCCGCGCCGGGCGCCGCCCGCCGGACGCCGGCCACAGGGCGAGCUACAGGGCCGGAGCGCGGAGGCCGCCCCCCCGCCCGCCGCCGGCAGGGGCCCCAGGCGGCCGGCCCCGUCUCCUCCCGCUCAAGCUCCUCCGCUGGACGCGGAGAGGGAAAAGCUGCCGGUCAGCGCGACCGAGGACAGCGAGGACAAAGAGGUUUCACACGCCCUCCAGGCCCUGAGCGACAACCCGGACCAGAAAGAGGAGGGCGGAGCCACAGCGGAGGACUGGGAUGAGGAUUACAUCAUCGUCCUCCCGGACUGCUUCGACACCAGCCGGCCGCUGGGGGAGUCCAUGUACAGCUCGGCCAUGUCCCAGCCGGACGCCGCCGCCGCCCCCCCGGCCGAGGAGCAGGACUGCGACUUCGAGCCGUGCAGGGAGGCGCCGCUCGGACAGAAGCAGGAGGAGGAGGGGCAGGAGGAGGAGGGGCAGGAGGAGGGGGGGCAGGAGGAGGAGCAGGAGGAGGAGGGGCAGGCGCUCGCCGCCGAGGAGCCGCUGGCCAGCACCUGGCCCCCCCGCGGCCCCGGCCCCCACGCCAGCGUCAACCAGAUGCUGUGCGCCUCCCAGACGCUGGACGCCGUGACGCUCACCCCCGAGGUGGUGCCCCCCCCCCGCCUCCCCCCAGCUGCUGCUGCCGGCGCUGUACUCGCCCAGGCUCUGUACCUGGCAGAGGACCCCAGUCCGCCCGCCUGCGAGGCCUACGAGCCCCCCCAGCCCCGGGUCCACCUGAACGUUUCAUCCGGCCUCUCCAGGUCCGCCGGCUCGGCGUCCAGUGCCUUCGAGACGUACACGCCCAGGCCCGGCAACGCCCUGCAGCCCAGGGGCCAGGGCGGCAUCACGGAGGGGCUGGUGAAAGGGGCCCUGUCUGUGGCCGCCUCCGCCUACAAGGCCCUGUUCACCGGACCCAACUGCUCCAUCCAGCGCGGCAUCGACCCGGCCACCCGGCAGGACCCCUCCACCAUGAACAUGCUGCUGGAGAUGGGCUUCAGAGACCAGCGGCUCAACCAGCAGCUGCUGAGGAAGCACGGCUACAGCCUGCUGCACACCGUCAACGAGCUGGUGCAGAUGGCCGAGGACGGGCAGAGCGACGGCGUGGAGGCGCUGCGCUGAGCCCCCCCCCCUCCCC